UUCGGGAUUGCAACAGCCCUGUGACACGCUGGACCUGGGACCUCAGAGGAAUCCCGAGGAAAUGUGGAACUAGGUUUGGCGUUGGGAAAGCGUUUGCGCCGGCCUAUAUCUGGACUGGAUAGGGGUUUCCAUAGUUACCCCGCCGCGCGUGACGUCAUCGUUGAGCGCUGAGAGGGCGUGGUUUGGGGGACUACGGGCCUUCCUGCUGGCUGAGAUUUUGGGGUCACUGGGAAAAGAAGUGGCCUGACCCAGUUGGGCGAGGCGGGGGAAGGGUGGCAUCUGUCUCGGGCCGACUGCGUUGUGCCAGAAGAAACUGCCCCAGAGUCCACCCCAGAGUCCUGCUCUCAUCCUGGGAGGAGUAACCCGCGUUUUUGUACGAAAAGUGGGACAGCUACAGCAUCCUCAUGAAAUUUAUUCACAUAGUAAAUAUUUAGUAUUCCCUGUGUACUAGGGAUGCCUAGAAACUAAUAUUGAAACGAAUAUCGCGUUCUAGAAGGAGAGACCAGACAGCAAAGCAAGCAAGUUAGUUGGAAGACCGGAAAAUGCCUCUGUGAGAAACUUAAGGUGCUGUGAGGGCCUUCGUCAUCACGCACUGUGAAUCCCCUGUUCCACUCUGUGACCUCUACUGGAGGUAUAGCCCCGCACACCUCAUACUUCUAUCCCAUGGUACACACCCGGAAGCUACCCAUCCACCAAGAACCUACUCAUCCAACAGGAAACCUCCACAUUACCAGUUCUCCAAUGAGAGUUCUUAAAACUAAAAAAGGCUCUUCACAGAGCAGAAGUGGGAUUCUGAUAAUACAGUUUAUUUCAAGAUGGCAACUGAAUCAAAGAAAGCUGCAGCUCAGAACCUUCUGGAGGAUGAAGGACUUCUGAUAGUGAAGAUGGAAGAGGAAGAUUUUGUCUGGAGGCAGGAUGCUUGCUCACAGAGGAAUGAUCCCCUCAGGCAGGAGCUCUGCCGGCGGCUGUUCCGGCAGUUCUGCUACCAGGAUUCUCCCGGGCCCCGAGAGGCACUGAGCCAGCUCCGGGAGCUCUGCUGUCAGUGGCUGAAGCCAGAAACCCAGACCAAGGAGCAAAUCCUGGAGCUGCUAAUUCUGGAACAGUUCCUGGCCAUCCUGCCAGAGGAUCUGCAGGCUUGGGUGCGUGAACAUUACCCAGAGAGUGGAGAGGAGGCAGUGACCCUACUGGAAGAUUUAGAGAGAGGCACUGAUGAAGCUGUACUCCAGAUUCCAGUCUGUGGACAUGGACAAGAACCAUUCAGGAGAAAAGUGGCAACUCCUGGGCCAGCACUUAGUGUCCAGUUCCAGCCAGUGGACACCACGGCCCUCCAUGGUUCUUCAGAACUCCAGCUCCUACUGGACUGUGAUAACAAGAGUGAAAACAAUGAAUCCAUGCCAAAGCUGGACAUUUAUGAGAAAAUGGAAUCACCGAGAACUGUAUCAGGAAGAAUUUCAGAAUUUGUGUCAGAAGGAUCUGCUGAGCCUCAAGACAUCUGUAAGUCUGCAGGCAAGAUAAAGAGGCAGCAGGAAAAAGACUCAGGGGAGUCUCGGAAAUCAUCAUCCGCUCAGGAUGCAGCUUUCAGUAAAAUCCUCACCCACAAAAAUACACUUACAGGUGAAAUAAGCCAUGAUGGCUGUGAGAGAAACUUAAAUCUGAACUCAAAUGAAUUUACACACCAGAAAUCUUGUAAACACAGUACAUGUGACCAAAGUUUCAAAUGGAAUUCAGAUUUUAUUAAGCAUCAGAGGAUUUAUGCUGGAGAAAAAAUUCACCCAUGUGGGAAAUCUCUCAAGAACCCAAACCUUAUUAAACAUGCAGCAGUUUUCACUGGCGAGAAGACCCAUCAGUGUAAUGAAUGUGGAAAAGCUUUCAGACACAGCUCAAAGCUUAUUAGGCAUCAGAGAAUCCACACUGGAGAGAGACCCUAUGAAUGUAAUGAGUGUGGAAAAGGCUUUGGGGGGAGCUCAGAUCUGAUUAGACACCAAAGGAUUCACACUGGGGAGAGACCCUUUGAAUGCAAAGAAUGUGGGAGAGCAUUCAGCCUGAACUCACAUCUUAUCCUGCAUCAGAGAAUUCACACCAGGGAGAAACCCUAUGAAUGUAGUGAAUGUGGAAAAACCUUCAGAGUGAGUUCACACCUUAUUCGACACUUGAGAAUCCACACUGGAGAGAAACCCUAUGAAUGCAGUGAGUGUGGAAGAGCCUUCAGUCAGAGCUCACACCUUAGUCAACAUCAGAGAAUUCACAAGAGGGAAAACCUGUUCAUGUAAAGAACUUAAAUUCAUAGGAAAUAGAACAGGAAAAUU